UUCCCCGCCCCCUCAUAUGUCGCUGCUGCUGCUUCAGAGCGCGCCAGGAGCCAGGAGACUACAGGGGGAUCGGAGUCGUUGGCCACCAUUGAAGUCCGUAUCUUUCUCCCUCCUUUUCCUUCUCCGCUCCUUCAGGUCUUUCCUAAUUCGGUGAUAAAUUUCAACGUAGGAGAGAACCGGUGGGGGAUCUCUGUGUUUGUGUGUGUGUGUGUGUGUGUGCGUCUCGUGCCGAGCUUACAUUUUAUGUAACUCCCGAGAAAGGACCAGGCGUGGCCUCGUUUUGCUCUCCUCCAUUUUCUCUCUCGCGGCUCCCUCUCCCGGGCGGAUUGAAAAGCUUGAAAAAGAGGCGCGGGGUUUCCCAGUGCGGCCUUCCGACUUCUUGUGGCGGGCCUUCCGCCUGCUUGGCUCUUUCCUACAAGCCGGGACGGGAGCGAUCGAGCUCCGAGAUUGGCAAACCGCGUGUAUUAUUAUUAUUACUAUUAUUGUUAUUAUUUUACCGCUGAAAUAAAAAAAACACCUCUGAAACCCAGUAAGGCGUCAUGACUAGUGAGCGCAGACCUUUUCCCUCCCCCGCUUUCCUGCGUGUCAGCAAGGUCCAGGCCGCGGGCAAAGCAGGAUUUGGAGGCGUGAACUUGAUUUAAAAAAAAAAAAAGGACUAACCGCCGAGGCUUUUAGCAAUUCAAAUGGAUGCGGUUUGUGCUUGGCGGACGAGGGGCGACGCAUGAGCUUAUCGAAGUGGGGGUAAUGCCAGGGAGUCGCCCUGAAGGAGGUGGUUUGUUGUUUGCCACCUUUCCUGGCCCAACAUUCUGCGCUCUUGGCUUAUUAUGGGAUUCUCAUCCGGGAUCAUUUCCUUCCCACCGGCCUUCGCUUGCGUGCCUCGUGCUUAAGGGCGCCCUGUACAGUUUUCCUUUACGGCAGACGUCCAUUUAUUCUAAAAUGGGAAAAUACGGUGCAGAAUCUCAGUGACCUAAACCGGCUGUGAAAAAGCCUCUGGGAGAUGCCAGGCUUUGUGUCUUGGUUUUUGUUUUGUUUUUUUUUCUUUGCUGAAUCUCAUGACUUAUGUUCUUUAUAGGUUUGGAAAGAAAUCAUUCCGAAUUUUAAAUUUUAGAGGAGUUCGAGGACAAUCGAUUUGCAGACGUCCAAUGGCUUAUAUAUUAGGUUAAAUUUGUAUUAUGAUUACCAUAUUUAUGAUGCACAGUUGUAUCUGUACCUUAGGCAACUAUAAUUCUGAAAUCCUUUUCUAUGAUUAUUUACUAUUCAUACAUUGAAAUAAAUUCAGUGUUCUACAAUAUUGCAUCUUACUCUUCAAAAUAUAUUUUAUCAUAGCACAUUGUCUUAAGGUUUUGAAAAUAAGGUUUUCCUAUAAAAUUGUGCUCAGUAUUAGAUUACCAUGUAUGAUAUAAAAGAUCCUGAAAAGCCAAGGUAGGUCUUAGGAAACUCCAAAUAAUGCCUAGGAUGUUGGAAACACAAUUUCAGCCUUUGUUAAUGAUGUGUGUAUCUAUGUAAGUAAACUGAAUAGAAAAAGAACCAUAUUUGUAUUGAGAUGCCUUCCUUUAUAUAAUGCAACAUUCCUUUUGUCAUGCAUUUUUCUAGUAAAAGUUCAGCAAGUCUUCAAUAAAAAUGGCCACCAAUAAAUCUACAUUGCAUAAAAUGGGAAAGAAACAGAAUGGCAAAGGUAAAAAAGUUGAAGAAGCAGAACCUGAAGAAUUUGUUGUGGAAAAAGUCCUGGACCGACGUGUAGUUAAUGGGAAGGUGGAGUACUUCUUAAAAUGGAAGGGAUUUACUGAUGCUGAUAACACAUGGGAGCCUGAAGAAAAUUUGGAUUGUCCAGAGUUAAUAGAAGCUUUUCUGAAUUCUCAGAAAGCUGGUAAAGAAAAAACAGAAGGUACCAAAAGAAAAUCCCUUUCAGAUAGUGAAUCUGAGGACAGCAAAUCAAAGAAAAAGAGGGAUUCUGUUGAUAAACCCAGGGGAUUUGCACGAGGUCUUGAUCCUGAACGAAUAAUUGGAGCCACAGAUAGCAGUGGAGAACUUAUGUUCCUUAUGAAAUGGAAAGACUCAGAUGAAGCUGACCUGGUAUUAGCUAAGGAAGCUAAUGUGAAAUGUCCUCAGAUUGUAAUUGCUUUUUAUGAAGAACGAUUAACUUGGCAUUCUUGCCCAGAGGAUGAAGCACAAUAAUUGUUUGGAUUUUCUCCUUUCCCUCCCCCUUUUUCUUAAUUAUAUGUAUGAUAUUUUACUUAAUACAUGUGGAAAACUUAUAAUUCCAAUUGAGAUAAGUUUGGUUAUUUUAAAAGUAAUAUGUUUUGCAUAAGGAAGAAAGCAAAAGUGCUAUUCACUUUCUUUAUUACAAGAAAACAUUUGAUACUGCUUUCUGCAUAUUAAAUCAAAUGUUUUAUAAAAUUUGGUAGUUAGUAGUGAUCCUUAAUGGCAACUUAUUCAGAUUUACAAGUGUUUUGUAGUUCUCUAUACAACAAAUGUGCAUGCAUUUUUUUCCACCAUAUAGUCUGUAAAACCAUUAUAUUUAGUAUUUGUGGCAAAUUGGUUCAGAGGGGACCAAGUGAAAAUUUCGGUUUAAUUUGAAAGUGCAUAUUGUAUUUUAUUUUAUUGUAUAUACUGCUGAACAGUUACCAAUAAAAUAGUUUCAUAUUCUUGUGCUUUCUUUACCAAAUUGUAGGAAGGUUAAGAGGUUUUGAAAGCUAUUUUGAUAUGGAAAAUAUCCACUAAAGGAUAGAGGCAGUUUUGCUUUUUUGCAAAAAAACCAAAAAAAAUCCUGUUUUAAAUAGGUAGUUAAAAUGAAAUUUAUAGUUUUCUCCCGUAGAUGUUUAUAAGCUGCUUCCUUAUAAUUAUAUAAUUCCUUAUAUAAUUUUUAAGACUAGUAUGCAGACUUGGUUAUAAGUACUCAGAAUAUAUGGUUGAGUAAUCAGAUUGUGACUUAAUCCCUUAAACUGUAUAUCUGAUACUUUACAAGUUAAUAAUUUAUUGAUGUCUUAGGCUUGACUUCUUUAGGAACUAUUAUUCUUAAUCCCAAUAUACUUCCAAAUAAAAUUAUUUUAAUUGAUUGCCUGAUAGAUUUAUGUAGAUAGCAAAAUUGAGGCAUGGAACUGCAGAAAAGAGGAAUCUGUUGGAAUAUACAGCAUAUAUAUAUAUCACAUGGUCAAUUGUUAAAUUACAAUUUGAUCAUCCAAAUAGGGUUACUAUAUAUGUGAUUAAUUUUUAAGUACAAGUGCAUGCAACUAGCAUUAUUCAUUUGGCUUUGAUUAUAUUAUGUUUGGGUGAGCAAUAAGGAAUCUUGUCAUGUAAAACGUAAUUGUCAGAUUAUUUGGUUUUUUAUAUAGUUCAGUAAUUCCAUGUACCAUACUGGAUUAAUAGAAUGGAUUAUUGAAGUUCACCAUAACAAGUUUUUAUUUAAAAAAUCAACAUAAUAAUUACAAUUCAUCUCAUUUCUGAGAAUUACUGUAAAAAUAAAUGAUGCCACAUUGAAAAAAACACCAGAACUCUAAACGUAAAAUCAGUUCACUGCCUUUCAAUAAACCUAUUUCCUGGUACCUGUUGAGGUUCCCUUCAAAUA